CGGUUGAAUAUUUUCAAAAUCUCUCUUGACAUGUUAGCAAGCCACACACCAGCACACCACCAUUUCACGCAUCACGAGUUCACGACUCUCCUCGAUCCUCCGAUCCGCAUCUUUAAAAACACCAUCGCAGACGGAGACAAAGCAGGCGUUUCCCCCAUUCAACGAGAAGAUGGGUACUAAUACUAUGACGAAAUCUUCUUGCUUGCUCCUUGCUUUGGUGCUGCUCUCUUCCUUCUUCCACUGCUACCACGCCGCCCACCAUGGCCGGAGGCACGCACGGCCACCACCGAUAGCUGCCGUCGUCGUCGGCUCUGUCGUGCACUCCGGCUCAGAAGCCACAAACGCCAUCCCUGCAGGCACCCUGGUCGCAGUCCGCUGCCACGACGGGAACGGCCGCACCAUCUUCCGGAAGGAAGCCGUCACCGACCGCCUCGGCAGGUUCCACGUCCACCUAGCGCAGGAGGCGAGCGGCCGGCUCCGGUCCGUCACGUCCUGCUCGGUGCACCUCCAGCACCAGUCAAACAACGCUCCGCCGUGCGCCGCCACAGCGACCUCCAGCGGGCUCCGUCCCAUCGCCUCCAAGCGCGGCGGCGGCGGCGCUCGCGUCUUCUCCGCCGGCGUGUUCCCCGUCCGUGCACCGGACCUCUGCGGCCGAAAGGGCAUCUUCUUCCCUCCGAUCCCCUUGGUGCCGGAGCCGCCGAACAUCGGCGGCGUGCCGAUCCCGCCGAACCCAAUCACGCCAGCGCCGCCGUCUCUAGUGCCACCGAUCUUCCCCACGCCGUCUCCGCCGUCCAUCCUGCCACCGCUUGUCCCACAGCCACCGCCGUCCUCGAUAAUACCACCGCUGUUGCCGCCGUUACUACCGUUACCGUUAAUUACAGCGCCGCCGCCGCCACCCCCGCCCCAUCUUCUUCCUCCCCUGUUUCCUGGCAUACCGCCGUCCUCCGCUUCCAAGAAUCGACGGCCAAGGCCAGGGACUCCCUGAGAAAAACCUCCAGUCUCAAAGGUGUUGUCCUGCACGUUCUAUACUGUAUUAAUCUUUGGUUUGCUGCCAUGUUCUAUACUGUGCGUUACAUUGAAAUAGGAUGUAACAAUAUGUGCAUUUAAGCUUCCUGCUCAGUAUAUGUACUUAUCUAUAUCUAUACUAUUAUGUACCAUAAACAUCAAAAACUUUCGAAAACACUUUUUACCCAAAUCGAACCCAUCGUACCCUGUCGGUGUUUUACCAUCACGUCUAUCUUGGGAUAGAGGAGGGAUCAAUAGAUCUUUAACCUGGAGGAGGCGGCUCGUGUUGUUAACGACAGGAUGCAGCCCCCUCAUCCUAGUUAUGUAGAUUCCAGGUCCGUCUUGGAAUGGUUCAAGCAAGUUCCGAAAUGGUUGAGGGAUCGGAAUCUCCAAAGAAGAGGUCGUCCAGGAGAUCGGCUAGUAGCUUGAUGUAGGACCUUGAUGUAUAAACUUUUGCUAUUGCUUGAUAUAUGUAAUAUUUUUUUCAUAAUGUGGUGUCGAAUCCUCUUGCA